AUGGAACAACCUCCCGGAUUCAUAGAUUCUCGUUUUCCAAACCAUGUUUGUCGUCUUCGCAAAGCCCUUUACGGUCUCAAGCAAGCUCCACGGGCGUGGUUUCAACGGCUAAGUAAUUUUCUUCUUCAUCAAGGUUUUAUGUGUAGCCAAGCCGACACCUCCUUAUUUGUUUUUCAUAAAGGAGCGUGUCUCAUGUACUUACUCGUCUAUGUCGAUGACAUUAUCUUAACCGGUAAUGACGAAGCUUCCAUUUCUCGUUUCACUGCUUCUCUUCACAAAGAAUUUGCUAUCACUGACCUUGGCAAUCUUAACUAUUUUCUUGGUUUAGAAGUAACAACCACCUCUAAUGGUUUAUUCCUUAGCCAAGGAAAAUACGCCACUGACAUCCUCUCUAGGGCCGAUAUGCUUGACUCGAAACCGGUAUCCACCCCAUUAAGUACGUCUGAUGUUUUUCUCUCAACCGGCCCGCCCUUUUCCGAACCAAGUUAUUAUCGGUCCUUGGUAGGUGCUCUUCAAUAUCUUACUAUUACCCGGCCAGAUAUUUCAUACGCAGUAAAUCAAGCAAGUCAGUUCUUACAUGCUCCUACAACUGCACAUUUCCAGCUUGUAAAAAGAAUUUUAAGAUAUGUUAAGGGCACUCUUAAUCUUGGCUUGAGGUUCUCUAAACCACCCAACAUGUCCACUGUUGGCUACUCUGAUGCCGAUUGGGCCCGAUGUAUCGAGACACGACGUUCCACUUAUGGUUAUUCCAUUUUCUUUGGCGGAAACUUGGUAUCCUGGAGUGCUAAGAAACAACCCACGGUCUCCCGAUCAAGCUGUGAAUCCGAGUACCGAGCCAUGGCAAAUACGGCGUCCGAAAUCAUUUGGGUCACUCACUUGCUACGUGAUCUUAAUGCACUCCCACCGGGACGACCGACUUUACUUUGCGAUAAUCUUAGCGCUGUGUUCCUAAGUCAAAACCCGGUGGCACACAAACGAGCAAAGCACAUAGACAUAGAUUAUCACUUUGUUCGCGAAUUAGUGUCUUCCGGGAAGCUACACACAAAAUUCGUUCCAACCAAGCUCCAAGUGGCAGACAUUUUCACCAAACCGCUUGCAAGACCUUUAUUUGAAGAAUUUCGUGAUCAACUCGGAGUCAAACCGCCACCCGUUUCGCUUGAGGGGGGGGUGAUAGAAUUUAAAAUUCAAAUUAUGUUGACCACGUGA